UUUUCCCCUUCCUCUCUCUCUUCUCUUUCUCUCUCUUAACCAACUGGACAACUCUUCUGUCUCAUCUUGGUCCAUUUCUUCCUUCUUUUUUAGUGUCAUUUGCUUCUGCAACUUCCUUCCCUCCCUCCCCAGAAAAAAAAAAGAUAGAACAUCACCAAGGGGAGGAGCAUGGAUGCAACCCUCUCUCCAGAACCCGACUCAGAUGUUUCAAAGGAGCUCAGGCCAGAAACUCGGUCAUCCAAAAGAAGGAAGUUGGCUCAUGAGAAGACUGUUGUGACAGUGAAGAUAGGAGCUAAUGUUGGGAAGCUAAAGAAUGAAGGGCCGCCUUCUGAUCUUUGGUCAUGGAGGAAAUAUGGCCAAAAACCCAUCAAAGGAUCUCCUUAUCCAAGGGGAUACUACCGUUGCAGUACAUCGAAAGGUUGCUCGGCAAAAAAACAAGUGGAGAGAAGCAAAACUGAUGCUUCGGUACUCAUAAUCACCUACACUUGUAGCCACAAUCAUUCAGGUCCUCCUGACGUGAAUGUGAUCUCCACUACCCAACAAGAACAUGAUCAAAAGCAAGAACAAGAACAGGAACAGGAACAGGAACAGGAACAAGAACAAGAACAGGAUCAAAAGCAAGAUCAAAAGCAAGAACAAGAACAAGAACAUCGGAAAUUGGAAGAACACUUCCACUACAUCGAGUCCCCAGUCAGAUCUUCCCAGGAAGAAGAACACAUUUUUAUUGCUCACGACACGAGCUUUGGGUUCCUGUUGGAUGAAAAGCAAGAGCCACUAUCACUAUCAUAUUCUCAGCUGAUGAGCUUCUCAACACCCAAAUUAUCGGAAGAAAACAAUGACUUCUUUGAUGAGCUUGAAGAACUGCCAACAUUUUCAUCUUUCCCAAGCUUCAUGAGGAGGACUAACAAUCUUUCCUUUGGAAUUGAAAGGAUUCCCUCUGUCCCUUCUUGAUCCAUGUGAAAUUCGAAGUGUUUGGUUUUUAGUGUUUUAGUGUUUUUAGAACAAUGUACUUAAAAUAUAUGUAACAUAUGUCGUCAUCUUGUUCUUGUUCA